AUGCAGUACUUGAUGGUACUCUCGCGAGCCGCGAGGUCAAAACAGCGGACGUUGCACUCCUUGAAACCAUCACGCAACUUGACGACAAGAAGAACCACAUUUUCGCUCAACACAGGGGCAAGCAUCCCGGCCCUUGGCUUCGGUACAUUCCAAGAUCCUGAGGCUCAGGUGGAGGCAGUGUCCAAAUCACUGAAGGCUGGUUACCGUUUGAUCGAUACAGCCAAGGUGUACGAAGUUGAGAAGCAAGUUGGCGAGGGUGUGAGGCGGUCUGGCGUUCCGCGGGAAGAGGUUUUCAUCGGCACCAAGUUAUGGUGCAAUGAUUACCAUCCUGAUGACGUAGAACGCGCUCUAGACGGUUCUCUGGAGGAUUUGAAAAUGGAGUACGUUGAUCUCUUUAUGCUGCAUUAUCCGGUCACUUUCAGACGAGGAGACGACAAGUUUCCGCGGGAUGCCAACGGCAGGAUGAUCUUGGGGGAUACAACCUUUGUGGACACUUGGAAGGCGAUGGAGAAUGUGAUGAAGACCGGAAAAGCUCGAGCCAUUGGAGUCUCGAAUUUUUGCAAGUCAGAAAUCGAGACGUUGCUCCGUGAAUGCGACAUUAUUCCAGCUGUCCACCAGAUGGAGGUACACCCUUACCUACAACAGAAAUCGUUCAACAAAUGGCUCAAAUCCAAAGGAAUCCACGUAGUCCAGUUUAGUCCUCUGGGGAACAUGAAUCCUUUUUACCGCAAAACUGGAUGGAGCAAAGACAUCGCACAUGUUACAAAGCCUAUCACAGAAAGCCCAAUCCUGAUCGAAAUUGGACAGAAGUAUGGCAAAACUCCGAUCCAGAUUGCAUUGGCAUGGGGUAUCAACUCUGGUCGCUCGGUCAUUCCCAAAAGUACGAUUGACUGGCAAAUACAACAGAAUAUAGAGGCCGACUUCGCUUUGGACGCCGAGGAUAUGCAAAAGAUUGGAGAAAUGGAUAUUCAAGCUAGGUUCAAUGAUCCUAGUCUCGAUUACCAGUACAGAUUGUACAGCGACCUCGAAGGGAUCGAGGGCACCAAGGAUGGAAAGACGCAUUGA